CUACUCGGUGAAAGUGUUGGAAUCUAUCGUAAUGUAUGACUAAAUAACAUAGACUACAUAUAAAAAAAAAUAAAAUAACAAUGUCUGAGCCACAAGAUUUCAACAGUUUGUCUUCAAGAGAAGAAGCAAGACAUCCAUCACCCGACAUUUUGAUAUCUGAGAACGAUGAAAGGUUUUUUCAGUCUCUAUAUGAGUUUAUUGAACAUGAGAAACGGUACCUGCAGUGUCCGGAAGAUGGUGUGGACGAACUCCGGUACAUUAUUUACCGCUCCGUGUUUAAUAAGGUGAUUGCACGAACAACGCACUAUAAGAGACUGCUGUUGACCAUAAAGGCUGAGUAUGACGAUGUCAUCAGGGAGCUGAAGAGGAGGGAGGAUGAAACCAGGGCGGCUCAGCGAACUCUGGAGGCUACAACAUCACAUCCCAAAUCACUAAUAACCUGCCAGAGACGAGCUGACCAGCUGCGGGACAGAAUCUCUGGCCUCCAGAGGGAAACAGCAAAACUUCAAGAGGAGAUCAAGAGACGGAAAUCAUCUAAAGAGCAGAACACAUGGAUACCUGGUGUAACAGUGGCUGAGUCUGAGGAUCCUGAGGCUCUGGACAGGAAUCUGAAGCGUCUUGUGGCUCAGAGAGCUGCUUUACUGGACAGGAAGAGUCGCUGUGUCUCUCUGGAGGUCAAAGCUGGGCUGGACGCCAAGCUGCAGACCGCUGAGUGCCACAGAGACCAGCUGAGCACCGAGAACGAACGACUGAAAGUCGUAUACAAGCGUCUGAGGUUUGUGUGUGACUGUCUGUCCAGCUGGGAGGAGGAGGGGCAGCAGGUUCCUCUGGAGGAACUCCUGCGUUCCACACUGGAGAACAUCAGACAGACCAGCGUGACAGACGACAGCAUCCACGCUGAGCUGUUUGAGGACGAUGAGCCGACUGGAGUCGACGAGUCCAGACUCCUGGCAGAUUACCUGGACAGAUUUGUUGAGCUCUUUGAUUCAGCUCAGUAUGAGGAAGCUGCUCUCUUCGCUGCCAGAUCUCCUCGAGGAGUCCUGAGGAACCUCAACAUCAUGGAGAUGUUCAAAGGUGUCAGAGCCUCCCCGGGGUCGGUCCCCCCACUCCUCCUCUUCUUCCAGGCCCUGCUGAUCACCGUCCCGGCCGGCGUCGAGCUGUCGGCCCCUCUCUCCCUGCAGUGCGUCCUCUUUGCCCUGCAGCACGGCGCCUCGCAGCUCGUCACCCACGCCAUCACUCAGAAUAAACUGACCUUCUCCGAGCACCUGGGCGAUAUCCUUACCGAGCAUGCUCAGAAAAACACCAGCGUGGCUGACCUGUGUCUGACUUUGGGCACUGUCGUCUAUCAGGCUUGCGGGCUGGACAGGAAGACCGCACUGAGCAUGUGCAGGAGAGGCCUCAUCCACAGUGCCGCAGAGUUCAUUAACCACUGCAAGGAUUUCACAGCUGAGGACUGUAUUUGGGUUCUGUAUCGCUCGCCCAGCCUCGCCCUCCUCCGGCUGUUGACAGAACGUCAGCAGGGCCGGGCGGCCUUCUUGUCAGUGGGCAGGACCUGUUCCUCUCUGCUGGCUGAUCCUCAGCAGCAGGAGUUAGCGCUGCAGCUCCUGGACAGCUUUGUCAGCCGAGGACGAGGGGUUUUGGAGGGCGUGAUCCUGGAGGACAGAGAGUCCUCAGUGGACGUUUGGAGUGAUGUUGCAUCUCUGUGCUCUGAGCUGAAGCGGGCUGACCUGAGCCAGGCUGUCCUGUCCAUCCUGCUGGACCAGAGCGGGACCGGGGUCCUGUCCCCAGACCUAGACGGAGCCCGACUCAUGGAACACGUCUUCCUGUAAAAACUGAGCCUGAACGUACAGGUAGAAUAAUUGCAGCACAGUGACUCUAAACAGCUGUUAUUAACCUGUUUCUUCAUCACACAACAUCUGAUGUGUAAAAAAAAUAUUUUUAAAGGCUCUGAAGCCUCUGUGUUAAUGAUAAAAGAAACUUAAAAAGGUCACAUAAUGAAAAAACAAUUCUAUUAUUCUGUAAAGACUCAUGCAAAUGCACAUUUUUCUAAUUUGUACACUGCUAAAUAAAUGAAAGCUAUUACUCUGUGCCCAUUUUAAACAAUUCUGAAACAGUAGCCAUCAUCAGUAUCACAGAUAUGCAUCACUGUGAUGCCGCUGCUGUCUAGCUGACCUGUUUUUAACACUUGAGCUUUGGCUGGUGUCAUUGAAAUGACUCAGGUAAAAAAAAUCUGAAACAGUGACAGCUGAUGGCCAGCAGGUGGCGAACAGAUUCACAAACUGAAGCUGAGAAUCAUCUGUGAGGCAACUGCAGUUGUGGCCUUUGUGGUUGUACUGAGCUUAUGCAGUUUUGAGGUAUUUUAUGCUCUUGUCUACCUCUGCUAUACUGCAUUUCAGAGGGAAAUAUUGCACUUUUUACCACGCUGGAUUUUCUUGGCAGAUAUACUGUCUAGUUCCAGUUUCUUCCAGUUGAUUUUAGAAAGAUGACACACACUGGUCUGCAGGUCAACAGCACUGAUAAGCACUGCAAAUUAAUUUUAAUUCAUUAUAGUUACACAGCUCAAAUCACUCUUACUAAUUGACACAUUUAUGGCAUAAACAGUCUUCAGCCUUUGGUAUUUCCUCCAGAACACCACCAGUUUCCUGAGGUACAUUGUCCUUCUGCCUCUGUGUCCAUCCUUCAUGUCUGCUUUUCAUUUGAUUUAACCACAUACUCAGUAUAGUUGACCAUCAAAGUGAACAUUUGUGAAUGAGCUGGCGACAUCAGUAAGAGUGCUGUUAUCUAAAUUGCAAUCUCACAACCUCAAGAGUCUAGACUCCACAGUUGAUCUUACCAAGUUUGAACCCCCAAAUCUUAACAUGAGAAAGGCCAAGUAGAUCUCUUAUGCAGUUAGAUAGUGGUUGGAUACUUUCUUUCAAGUGUUUGAAAUGAUUCAUAUGAAAAGCCACAGGAGGCUUAUGGUGUUUUCCCUCAUGAUUUACAUGUGUCCUUGUUUCCCAGAAUCUUAACAGCUUUUAUAUGAAAUUCACCAUUUUGAAUAAACCAGAAUUCUUUAACAUCCUUUAACAUCUCAUAUUACACCUGUGCUGGAGACCAAGUUUUACUUUUUUCUGUCUCAUUUUUGUACAUUUAAUUUUUUUCCCAUCUUGCGUGUUAUCAUUUGGUUUUAAUUUGGUUUUCAUUUUGAUACUUUUUAUUCAUUUAGUUUUUGUUGUA